CAAUACAUGUAGUCACAUGUAAAAUUAUAUUCAAAAUUUAUUAUUUCUGACCAAGAUGGCUAUCACUAGAGUUAGAGGAGGCUAUGGCUAUCAGUUUGUGGAGGAGCCUCCUCAUGGGCUCAAGUGUGUCAUCUGUCUAGCUGUAGCCAGGCAACCUCAACAACAUGGAGAGUGUGGGAAGCUCUUCUGUAACAGCUGUCUGACUCAGCACCGACAGAGAAGCAACAAAUGCCCUAACUGUGAUCUCCAGCUAAUCACCUUCUUUGAUGGAAAGAGUGACCAAGAGAUCAAGACGAUAAAGGUGGGAUGCACAGGUGCAAAUAAUGGCUGCCAGUGGACAGGAGCACUCAGUUCUCUAGAUGAGCAUACCAAGGAAUGCGAAUAUACCCAGGUCAUCUGCCCAAAUGGAUGCACCGUGAAUCAAGAAACAGUGCACAUUUCUCGCAAAGGUCUUCAGAACCACCUGGCAAACGAAUGUGUGAGACGACAAUACAUUUGCCCACAUUGCGCGGAACCUGGGGUGUAUGCAGAGAGGGUAUCUCUACACCUCGAAACCUGUCCCGGAGUUAAAGUUCGCUGCCCACACCCCGAAUGUGAAGACAGCAUCCCACGUUCCGAGUUGGAGAAACACAAAUUCGAGUGUCAGUUUGAAGUAGGCAGCUGCAAAUUUAACGAGCUUGGUUGCACAAAACACCUGCCCAGGAGAGAUUUGAUAGCUCACGAGGAAGACGACCAUCAACAUCUUCAGAAAACUAAAGAGAAGGUUUUGGAGCUGACUAAACUGAUUAAAGAGCAGGAUAAGAUGUUCAGAGCUCAGAUAAAGCAGCAGAACAAAGACAUAGAAGUCAUCAAGGAAAGCAUUGGCAGCUGCAGGAGAUACACAGCACCGAUAUACUUCCGAUUCACAAAGUUCUCUGAGUACAAGCGACAAAACAAGGUUAUUUACAGCCCCCCUUUCUACUCGAGUCAAGGUGGAUAUAGGUUGAUUCUUGCAGCCUGGCCAAACGGCAAUGGAGUUGGAAAGAAUACACACGUCUCUCUUUAUGUUCAUCUUGAGAAGGGAGACAACGACAAUUCCUUGACAUGGCCGUUCAAAGGCACCGUAGUGGUGGAGUUGAUUAACCAAAUUGAUGAUAAGAAUCAUCUCAAGUUUAACAUUGCUUUCCCCACUGACGAAGACGAGGAGAUGAAUGGACGUGUAGUGGUUGGCGGAGAGAGGUCUAGUGGGUGGGGCAAGGCCCGCCUCAUUGCACACAGCAGGCUAGUGUACGAUAGUAAAAAGGCGACACAGUACCUGAGGAACGAUAAUUUGUACUUUCAAAUCGUUGUACAAGUCCCAGGGGACAAGCCAUGGCUGGAGUGUACCACAUGAACAAUGUAACCAUUGUAAUAAAAUGCUAUAUAAAUUAUGCCAUACCUAACUACACAAACAUGUUUACGAUUGUGUUACAAUACAAACUAUUUAUUUAGUAAUGCUAUAUAAUUAUGUGCUGAUGCCUCAAUGCAAGCUUUUUACUGACGAGUAAUUAAAUCAUAAUAUAAUAAUUUUUACAAAA